UUCCCCUGUUCUUUCUCCAUUGCCAAGAACCUCCUGUCCCAGUUAUAGUAUCUUUCACGCAGAGAAUUUCUCUCUCCGCGUCUCCUCCUUCUUUCUUGUUCUUCCACAUUGGCGCCAAUCAAACACCCAUUGCACUAUAUUUUUAUUUGCUUUUCCUUUAUAAUCAUCAUAACUUUAACUUAAUCGUUACUGAAAGAGACUCAGUGAUCUAAUCCAGAAGCCAACUGCAAUUUUCCUUCAAUCAUGGAUUCACUUGCAUCAGUUUCUCCUUCCAUGGUUCUCCCUCCCAGUAAUCCCCUCCAUCUCCGACGUCGUCUACUCCUUACCUCCUCUUCUUUCUCAUCUCGUAGCCACCGUCUUCUUCCCCGCCUUUCCUCUUCGUUUGCUUUAUCCAAUUGUUCUGGUCCUUCGAGGAGGAGAAGAUGGAGACAAGUUUCGUGUAAAUUUACCGAUGAUGGGGCUAAACAUCCCGAAGAAUCGGAAGAAGAUGAUGGACGAGAAGACGCGGAGAGAGCGCUUCACUUGGAUGGCACCAUUCCUGGGUCUUCCAAUGAGUUCGUCAAGCAGGUGUCUUCCCGUGCUUAUGAUAUGCGAAGACAUCUUCAACAAUCGUUUGAUAGCAGCAGCUAUGAUGUAUUGGAGGCCAACCCAUGGAGAGAAGCCUCAAAGCCUGUAUAUGUACUAACCCACAGAGAAAACCAGUUGUGCACAAUGAAAACUCGAAGAAAUCGCAGCGAAGUUGAGAGGGAGCUUGGGCUACUAUUUUCCAAAGGAGGAAAAUGGAGGUCUGGAAGGGGAAAUCAGGCUAAACAAUCCAGAACAGGUGCAAAGUUCCGGAUGCUUGUGGAAGAUAUUCAGGAGGGCGUGCUUGUAUUUGAAGAUGAGAAUGAAGCUGCAAGAUAUUGUGAUUUACUGCAAGGAGGAGGUAAAGGUUGUGAAGGUGUUGCAGAAAUUGAAGCCUCAUCAGUAUUUGAUCUUUGCCAUAAGAUGAGGGCUCUGGCUGUUCUAUUCCGAAGGGGGAGGACACCUCCUCUACCUCAAAGCCUUGAGCUUAACUUGAGAGCUCGGAAGCGGUCCCUCGAAGACCAAGAGGAAUUGAUGUGAAGUUCACUUGGUGUCGGCAAAUUGAGAUCUCACAUUACCAAAGUUGAAAAUCACAAUAUUGUAAUUGAAAUGAUAUCGGCAAAUUGUAUGAUAUGAUGAAACAUUAUUCGGUGUACACAUUUUCUUACAUGUGUUCAAUGGUCUUGAUCUUUCUUCCAUAGAAGUUGGAAAUUCAAUUCCCAUAAAUUUGGUUGGUUUGGAA